UUCAAGAGCUUGAAGGGUGAACGGCCCGAAAUAUUUGUACAUUUAUUUAAACGUUAAUUAAAGGAGUUUUCGCUCGCAAUCCGUUGGUCUGCAGUGUUUACCACAAAGUUUUCUUUCAUGAUUUUUUUUUCUACUAAAGACAGCGUCGAAGAUCCAGGCAUCGCUAGUGAAGAGCUGGCAGUUCGUGAAAAAGAAGAAGAAAAAGAUCUCCGUUUACGUCUGUUCUGUGGGUAUCCAGAUUCAGAACGGAGCGUGGCGGCUGGUCAUUCUUGCAUGGGAAGGCGACCAUGCCGGUUACAUAGGGACGCAGUACUGCUGCUAGUUGUCUUGUUUGUGACGCCACAGCACUCUUAUUGUCUGCUGCUUAAGUCGAAAGGUUGGUAGUGAACACAUGCGAGUGUAGUUUGACUAAUUUAAUCGGUUGAGUGAAACCUGAGCGGAAGCCCAUACUAGGCCUCAUUUACCCUUCCAACGCCUUGUCAAUCUUACGCGGGCCUCUAAGAAGCACCGACCAGCCUUAGUUUAAAUGUGGAAGCGUCUAUCUCGAAUUUUAAGAAUUCGCGGUUACAGAAAGAAAGAAGCCUACAUUGUUCCGAACACUGAGCUCCAGCUGUGAUGAUAAAUACUGAAAUUUUACUUCAAUUUCAAAUGGUUUGUUGUGAAGACCUUCUAGACUGGUUAACCGCUUGGACAGUUAUUUACGAGUUUUGAUGUUAGAUCACAUUUUUGGGAGCAGCCUAAAAAUUGAUGGGCGAAGAAAGCCCUGGGGAAUUCUAAUGGACAUUUGGAUAACAGAAUUAUAAAAGCCUCUGAUCUAGAAAUGGACGGAAUUAUAGAAGCCUCUGAUCUAGGAAUAGAUUACGAAACCACGUUACCAACAGAAACGUGCGACUAUUUCUACGACGUGGAAGCGUCGCUCAUGAACGCCUCCUGCUACCAACCAACUCCCAAGUUCACGGAGGAAUCUGAGAUCAAAGGCUUAGUGCUGGGAAUCAUGGCAGCUCUCUCAUUCGUCGGCAAUACAGCUACUAUCAUAAGCAUUAUUAUAGUUAAGCACAAGAAGCGCAUGAAGUCAUCCGUGUACAUUCUCAUCUGCCAUUUGUCUGUGGCAGACCUCUUCGUGACUUUCGCUUGUAUAACGACCGAGUCUAUCUGGACGUUCACUGUCCAGUGGCUGGGUGGGAACUUCCUCUGCAAGUUUCUGAAGUAUCUGCAGCUGUUCAGCUUGCACCUUUCGACGUUUAUUCUCGUUCUGAUCGGCUUGGACCGCUACUAUGCUGUGAAGUAUCCCAUGAGAAGGUCUGACAUACAGAAACGCAUUGGAUAUGGCAUCGCUUUUGUCUAUUUCCUGAGUGCAGUGUUCAGCAUACCCCAGCUGCUGGUGUUUCAUGUUUUGAAGGGUCCUUUCCCCGAAGAGUUUUAUCAGUGUGUGACUUACGGACUGUACACAGCAAAGUGGCAAGAACAGUUAUACAUGACUUUUGGUCUAGUGUGCAUGUUCAUCCUGCCCUUGACAAUACUCACCGUCACUUACGUCAUGACGUUCAUCACUUUGAAAAAAAGUGAAAAAAUCUUCAAAUGUGAGCGUACAACUUUGGGAAACACUUGUCCAGAAUUUCACCGUCGACGGCUUUUGAGAAAAGCAAAGAUGAAAGCACUAAAGAUCUCUGUGAUUAUUGUCUUGGCAUUCAUUAUUUGCUGGACUCCAUACUACACACUGAUGAUCAUCUCUAUGAUUUUUGAUGCUGAUAACAUUGUAUUCAAGAAACUUCAGAGCAGAAUAUUUUCUUUUGGGAUGUCCAAUAGUCUGGUUAACCCUAUAAUUUAUGGCGCAUUUCAUCUUUGCCAUUGUAAACGAAAACGAGGUUCAGUAAGAGUAGUCCAGCCAAGAAGGUACCACUGAUGUCCUGAGUUCACUUUGUAUAAAGCAUCUGUUUUCAAAAGGAAACCGUCCACCCCAGAGAACUGACGAAUAAGCUGGAAUUCUGGCAAAUCUUCUGCAAAGUAAGCUUCAACAUGAGAACUGCUCAA